AUGCGGUAUUCUACAAUCAUUUCCACAUUCGCCUUGGUGCCUUACCUAGGCGGUGUUGGAGCCUCGGUAGCGAUAAGUCGGCGUGAGGAAGAGGAGGCAACCACAGCCCGGGUAGCCAAGAGCUUCAUCAUUGAAUACGCCUCGAGCACGGCCAAGACUCGCCGCCAGGAUCUCUCAGAGAAUGAUGACAUCACGGUGGUGAAGACGUUCGACAGCGAGGUGUUCCAUGGGGCCAGCAUCGAGACAGAGACUUUGUCGUUUGACGAGCUCGUGAAAGUGCCAGACGUAUUGCAUGUUUGGCCCAACGAGAAUGUUCAACUUCUUCCUACGUUUGAUCAAAAGACGGCAGAGGCCAGUGAGGCGUUGGAGUACACAACACACAACGUGACAGGCGUGAACAAGCUUCAUGCCCAAGGCCUGUACGGUAAGGGUGUCAAAGUUGGUGUUGUCGACACCGGAAUCUGGUACAAGCACAAAGCUCUUGGUGGAGGUUUUGGUGCUGGCUUCAAGGUUGCAGGGGGGCGUGAUUUUGUCGGCAAUGGCAAUUGGCCAACUGAAGGACAAAAGGAGCCUGAUGAGGACCCUCUUGAUCAACGAGGCCAUGGAUCCCACGUAGCAGGUAUCAUUGCCGGCCAAUCCGAGGGUUGGAAAGGUGUUGCUCCGGAAGCCACUCUCUACGCCUACAAGGUGUUUACUACGGCUGGCAGCACAGAUACGAGCACCCUGAUCGAAGCUUUCUUGACUGCCUACGAUGAUGGAGUUGAUAUCAUCACCGCAUCCAUCGGCGGUGCAAACGGGUUCUCUAACAAUGCCUGGGCUGAGGUUGCCUCUAGGCUGGUUACUGAAGGCGUUGUGGUUACCAUCAGUGGCGGCAACUCUGGAUCUUACGGCCCAUUCUACGGAAGCAGUGGCUCCUCGGGCAAGAACGUCGUUGCUGUCGCCUCAAUCGCCACGGAUAUCUUCCCCGCGAGUGCCUUUGAGGUCACUGUUGGUGGCAAGACUGUUCGCGCUGGCUAUAUUCCCUCGACCGACUAUUUCCCAGCGACCGUGUCCGACUGGCCCAUCGUAUCUCUUUCUCUCGAUGCUGAAGCUACAGCGGAUGGCUGCCAGACCUAUCCCGAGGGAACCCGUAACUUGACCGGCGUCGUGCCAAUUGUUAGACGUGGUGGCUGUACCUUCCAGGUCAAGCAGGAGAACCUGGCGGCAUUGGGGGCUGAGUAUAUCCUCAUUUACAACAACGAUCAGCCCAUCCUCUCUCCGUCAACUGAAAACUUGGACAGCUUGAUUGGAAUGAUAUCCGCGGAGACAGGGGCGAGCCUUGUGGCUGCCCUUAAAGCAGGCGACGAGGUCACAGCCGACUUCGCUGUGAAUCCCGAAAUCCCCGUUGGUGUCGAUUAUAGCAUCGGCAACCUGCCCAACACGUUCACUUCCUGGGCGACAUUGUACAACCUUGAGCUGAAGCCCGAUAUCGCGGCUCCUGGAGGCAGCAUCUUUAGCACAUGGAUCGAUGGCACGUACAACGUCAUCAGCGGCACGUCAAUGGCCUGCCCCUACGUCGCCGGUGUUGCGGCUCUCUACAUCGGAAAGUACGGCAAUCGUGAAACUCUCGGAAAGGGCUUCGCGUACGAACUCACACGCCGCAUCAUUUCGUCGGGAACAGCUGUUUCGUGGUCGGAUGGCACGUCGGCCAACCGCGCCUUCAGCGCCAGCACUGCGCAGGUCGGGAAUGGGUUGAUUGAUGCGUGGAAGGUGCUCCAUUACGAUACCCAGCUUGAGUUCCAGAAGUUUUCUUUGAACGAUACCAGGUAUUUCAACCGAUAUCACGACGUUACUGUUUACAAUAAGGGCAAGACUGCGGUGUCGUAUGAGUUCUCUCAACAGCCUGGGGCUGGCGUUGACACAAUCACCUGGGUCGAGUCUGCAAAGACAAAGAGGAUCCGCACGUUUGCCCAACUGUCCCCCAAGGAGUACGUGCCCGGGAUCAGUCUCCCUCGUGGAUUUACCCUGGAGCCUGGAGCGAGCAAGAAGGUUACUGUCAACUUCGAAAAUCCCGAUACUCUGGGCUGGAACUCGACGGCGCUGCCUCUAUAUGGUGGCAAGGUCGUUGUGACGGGCAGCAACGGCGAGGUUCUCUCCGUGCCAUACCUUGGCCUCGGAGGUGACUUGAAGAACGAGCUUGGGUCUAUCGCCGAGACAGGUUAUCCCUAUUCGGUAUCGACAACCAAGAACACCAACUUCAAGGAGAAGUCUACAUACUCCUUCGACCUGUCCACCGGCGCGCAGGACUUCCCCAAGAUCUUCCUCAAGCUCAUCUGGGGCACGAGUGAGGUCCGCUGGGACAUUUACAAGGCAGGCUUUUCGGAGCGCUCAUGGAAAUACCCCCCCGUGGUUGGUGAGAACGAUUACGUUGGCUCGGCCGCAUCAUGGGUUGGGGCCGGCCAGGUCGACGUCUUCGAUCCGUCGCUAUACGAUCCCAACGAGACGUGGAGCUACCCAGACACCAACGUGUACCGCAGUGUCGCCACCUCAGAGUUCGAGCAUUGGUGGUUUGGAAAGCUGGCGAACGGAACCCAGAUCGAGCCUGGAAAGUAG